AUGCCAACGAACAUAUCCAAAGAAGAAGAGCAAGCGCCUCCGUCAGUGAGGGCUGCUACACCUCCCCCAUACCUUUCCGCAUCGGCACGAAAAAUAGUGGUGCCCCAAUUUACGACCUUCCAGCCGCGGAACUUCUACCGUUCUGGGAAUGACUGCAUCAACAAAAUCACUUGGUCCUGCGAUGGAAAACGCCUUGCCAGCUGUAGCAACUCCAAGGAAGUCAAGCUCUGGGACAUCGAGCGCUCGCUAGACAACGCCGAUCUUUCUCUAUCUGGUACAAACAAAGAUCCUAUGAAUCAUGUCGCUUGUCACCCAAUGCAUCCACAACUCUUGUGUUCCGCAAGUCGAAAAGCCGGUCAAAUAUAUUUCUGGGAUGCGCGCCGCUUCAAGAAGGAGCUUUACACGAUUCCCAUUGCUGUCGAUUCCGUUACUUACGCACCAGAUGCUCAGACCGUGCUUGCGAUGGACAGAAUGGACAACAUGCGAAUCAUCGAUUGUCGAAUGGUUGGAUCCAGUGAACCCAACGAAUGGUCUCUCAGAGAGGAGUCAUUGAGACUUGGAUCAGACGCUGGCGGUGAUUCGGUGUAUCAAGCAAUAUUCAAUCACGUUGGGGAUAUGGUAUUUUUAGCAAAAGAAGACGGUCAAAUAACCAUGGUCGAGUAUCCUUCACUGAAAAUCUGGCAUAGCCUGCCAGCUCAUGUUACCGCAUGUUAUACUUUGGCUCUUGAUCCUCGCGGAAGUUACCUCGCAUCAGGAGGAGCUGAUGGGUUUGUGAACCUGUUCGACACUGCCGAAUUUAUCGCAUCGAAAACGGUUCCUACUAUUGACUCGGGAAUACGUACGAUUGGAUUUUCUCACGACGGGGAGUAUAUCGCAGCUGGAUGUGCUGAACAAAGUUCGGUAUUCAUUAUUUGUACUGAGACUGGUGAGCUCAUGCAUCGAAUCCCGUGUCUUGGAACCCCCUCUACAGUUGCGUGGCACCCGACUCGACACCUACUCGCAUUCGGCGGAGAUAACGAAUACAGCCCUGUCAGCCGUGGAAGGUGGCUAAGUAUAUUUGGGUCAUGA